GAUUUCCUUCUCGAGAGCGCCAGCGCGGCUUCGACAACAAACGAAUGGACUGCGUGCUGUCGGCGACUGAGGAGUGCGAGCACUUCGACGAAUUCCAGGCUCAAAUUGGCGUUGGCUGCUCUUGCAAAAAGGGUUUGAAGCCGGAGAGUCCAAACCAAGAUGACUUUUCCUUCAUUCGGUGUUCGAGCUUCGGGGUUUACGGGGUUUUCGACGGCCACGGCCCCUGCGGCCACCAAGCCUCCGACUUCGUCCACCGCGUGCUGCUGCUGCUGCUGCUGUCGCACCCUUUGCUGCGCAGCGACGUUUGUGCUGCACUUCGCGGGGCUUUCCACGCGGUCAAACCCUAA